CCGUCCUUGUGGGAUGACCCCUACAGCGACCCGGAACAGCUUCCUCCAGGCCGGGCUUCCCCUAUAGGGCCCCUUCCUAUAGGUUCCCCCUCUAUAGGGACGCCGGAGCGGCGGCGUCUUUGUGAGGGGUGUCCCCUGUGCCCCCCGUUUUCUAUAGAGACUCUUUAUAGGGGUCGUGGUGCAGCCUCUUCCCUGAAGGCAUUCGCUCUGGGGUGCCUUUUCUAUAGGGACGCCCCUAUAGGGAGCCCACCCCUAUGGGGAACCUGUUACAAAGCCCCUCCCUAAGCCGAUUUCUCCAUAGGGGCCCCAGUAUGGAGCCCCGCCCCCAGAUGAGGAUUUCCUCUAGGGGCUUCUCCUAUAGCAGCUGCUCUAUAGGCCCCCCCCCGAGCUGCUGCUAUAGGGGUUUCUGUGCAGAGACCGCCUUAUAGAUCCUAUAGACAGUUGCCACCCACCCCGAGGGCAGAUAUUCCCCUAUAGGGGCUCCUCCGGCAGCCCCAAAACAUUCCCAAAAGGACCUGAAAGAGCCCCAAAAAGCACUAAAUGGCCCCAAAAGGACCCUGUCAUGGUGGAGGUGCCCCUUGGAACUGAAUCUGGCUGUUUUCCCCCCCAAAAAAAGCGCUUGGGAAUGGCGGCACCCGCACCUCGGUGUCGCUUCCCACCAAAAUGACAUCAUCGCCUUGAUGGAAUCGAGCUGUUUUCUCCCCAGAACCACUUUGAAUCCACGCCAUCGCCUCAGUAUUGCUUUGCACCAAAAUGACAUCAUCACUUUGACAGAAUCGAACUGGUUUGUCCCCAAAACAUCUUGAAACCUGCGCGAUCACCUCAACAUCAAUUCCUGCUAAGAAAUAGCCCAUCACCUUCAUGGAAUCAAGCUGUUUUCCCCUCAAAAUGUCUUGAAACCCACACCAUCACCUCAUCGCUUUGAUGGAAUUGAGGUGUUUUACCCCCAAAACUUUUUCAGACCUGCACUGUCACCUCAUCACCUUGACAGUAUUGAGCUGGUUUUCCCCCAAAACCUCUUCAAACCUGUGCCAUCACCUCACCACCUUGACAGAAUUAGGCUGUUUUCACCCCAAAACCUCUUCAGGCCCAAGCAUUCACCUCAGCAUUGCUUCCCGCCAAAAACCCCCUCACCAUCUUGAUGGAAUUGAGCAGUUUUCCCCUCAAAACAUCUUGCAACCUGCAGCAUCACCUCACCAUCUUGAGGAAUUGAGCUGUUUUCAGCCCAAAACCUCUUCAAACCUUCAUCUUCACCUCAGCAUCGUUUCCUGCCAAAAACCACCUCACCAUCUUGACAGAAUUGAGCUGUUUUCAGCCCAAAACCUCUUCAAACCUUCAUCUUCACCUCAGCAUCGUUUCCUGCCAAAAACCACCUCACCAUCUUGACAGAAUUGAGCUGUUUUCAGCCCAAAACCUCUUCAAACCUUCAUCUUCACCUCAGCAUCGUUUCCUGCCAAAAACCACCUCACCAUCUUGACAGAAUUGAGCUGUUUUCACCCCAAAACCUCUUCAAAGCUUCAUUUUCACCUCAGCAUCGUUUCCUGCCAAAAAACACCUCACCAUCUUGACAGAAUUGAGCUGUUUUCACCCCAAAACCUCUUCAAAGCUUCAUUUUCACCUCAGCAUCGUUUCCUGCCAAAAAACACCUCACCAUCUUGACGGAAUUGAGCUGUUUUCACCCCAAAACCUCUUCAAACCUUCCUCCCCUCAAACUUUGGGCGGGAAAACGAAGCCGCGGCGCCGCCAUGUCGGGCGCUGACCCCCUGGAGACGCUGCAGGUGGAAGCGAGCUGCUCGGUGUGCCUGGAAUACCUCCAAGACCCCGUCAUCAUCGAAUGCGGCCACAAUUUUUGCCGCCGCUGCAUCACCCGUUGGUGGGCCGAGCUCGCUCGCGACUUCCCCUGCCCCGUCUGCCGUAAAACCUCUCGCCAUCGCGCUCUCCGACCCAACCGACAACUCGGCAACAUGGUAGAAGCCGCCCGGCAGCUUUGCGGGACCAAAAGGAAAGCCGGGGAGGAGAGUCGCUGCCAAGCUCACGGCCAAGCGUUCGCCCGGUUCUGUCGCGACGAUCAAGCCCCCGUUUGCCUGCUCUGCGAGAUCUCCCAUGCCCACCGCGCCCACGCCCUCGUCCCCCUCGACGACGCGGCCCUCGAGUACAAGGAGAAGCUGCAGCGCUGCCUGGAGCCGCUGGAGCGGAAGCUGGAGGCAGUCGCCGGCUGCCGAGCGCGGGAGGAAAAGAAACCGAGCGAGCUGAAGAGGAAGGUGGCUCUGCGGCGGGAACGCAUCGCCCAGGAGUUCGAGGAGCUUCACGAGCUGCUGGAGGAGGAGGAGCGGCUGCUGCUGCGGCGGCUGGAGGAGGAAGAGCACGAGAUCCUGCAGCGGCUUCAGGCCAACCUGGCUCGGCUCGGGGAGCAGCGGCGGGUCCUGGCCGCCCUCGUGGCCGAGCUGGAGGAGAAGUGCCUGCAGCCGGGCGCCGAGAUGCUCAAGGACAUCAAGGACACCCUGGCCAGGUGCGAGGCGGCGGCGGCACCGCUGGAAGAACCCGCUUCCGUCCCCAUCGAGCUGGAGAAAAACUUCUGCAGUUUCCCCCGCCAAUAUUUCACCCUCCGGAAAAUCACCCGGCGCCUCAUCGGCGAGGUGACGCUGGAUCCCGACACGGCUCAUCCCAACCUGGUUUUAUCGGAAGAUCGAAAAAGCGUUCGUUUCGUCGAAGUUCGACCUCGGGAUUUACCCGACACCCCGCGGCGUUUCACCAUCUACCCCUGCGUUUUGGCGGCGCAAGGUUUUACCUCCGGAAGACAUUACUGGGAGGUGGAAGUCGGCGAUAAAACCCACUGGGCUCUCGGCGUUUGUAAGGAUUCGGUGAGUCGAAAAGGGGAAUUAACGCCGUUACCGGAGACGGGAUAUUGGCGGGUCCGGCUUUGGAACGGCGAUAAAUACGCGGCGACCACCACCCCCUUCACGCCGCUGACGGUGCGGGUGAAACCCAAGCGGGUCGGGGUCUUCGUGGACUACGAAGCCGGAAAAGUGGCUUUUUAUAACGUCACCGAUCGCUCCCACAUUUACACUUUUACCGAUACUUUCACCGAAAAGAUUUGGCCGCUUUUUUAUCCAGGAAUUCGUGCCGGCAGGAAAAACGCGGCGCCGCUCGUUAUCCGGUCGCCGACGGAUUGGGAGUGAGGGGGAGGGCGGCGCCGGUGGGGUUCGGUUUGGUGAUACCCGGGCGGCACCGGGAUCCGGCGCUCCGGAGGUUUGGUGCUGGGAUCCGGUGAUCCGGCACCGCUGGGGUUUGGCUCUCUGAUAUCCGGCACCAUGGGGAUCCGGCACCGCUGGGGUUUGGCUCUCUGAUAUCCGGCACCAGGGGGAUCCGGUGAUCCGGCACCGCUGGGGUUUGGCUCUCCGAUAUCCGGCACCAUGGGGAUCCGGCACCGCUGGGGUUUGGCUCUCUGAUAUCCGGCACCAGGGGGAUCCGGUGAUCCGGCACCGCUGGGGUUUGGCUCUCUGAUAUCCGGCACCAUGGGGAUCUGGUGAUCCAUUACCGCUGGGAUUUGGCUCUCCGAUAUCUGGCACCAUGGGGAUCUGGUGAUCCAUUACCCCUGGGAUUUGGCUCUCCGAUAUCCGGCACCACGGGGAUCCGGUGAUCCGGCACCGCUGGGAUUUGGCUCUCUGAUAUCCGGCACCAUGGGGAUCUGGUGAUCCAUUACCGCUGGGAUUUGGCUCUCCGAUAUCCGGCACCAUGGGGAUCCAGUCAUCCAUUACCCCUGGGAUUUGGCUCUCCGAUAUCCGGCACCAUGGGGAUCUGGUGAUCCAUUACCACUGGGGUUUGGCUCUCCGAUAUCUGGCACUGCCAGAGUCCAGCAAUCCACCACCACCGGGAUUUGGCCCUUGCACAUGCAGCACUACCGGGAUCCAGUGAUCCAUCACUGCUGGGAUUUGGCCCUUGGACACGCACCACCGCCGGGAUCCGGUGCUCCGGAGGUUUGGUGCUCUCGUGUGCUGCCGGGAUCUGCCAUGCCAGAGGUUUGUGCUGGGAUCUGGUGCACUGGCACAGACGGCGUUUGGCUCUGAGAUAUCUGGCACCGCUGGGAUCCGGUGAUCUGGCACCGCUGGGGUUUGGCUCUCCAAUAUCCGGCACUGCCGGAGUCCGGCAAUCCAGCACCACCGGGAUUUGGCCCUUGGCCAUGCAGCACCGCCGGGAUCCGGUGAUUCAUCACCGCUGGGAUUUGGCGCUCUGACAUCCAGCACCACCAGGAUCCGGUGAUCCAUCGCUCUGGGGAUUUGACUUGUGGACAUGCAGCACCGCCGGGAUCUGGCGCUCCGGCACAGACGGCGUUUGGCUCUCCAAUAUCCAGCACCGCUGGGGUUUGGCACUCUGAGACCUGGCACCACCGGGAUCCAGUGAUCCAUCACCGGUGGGAUUUGGCUCUUGGGCAUGUGGCGCCGGUGGGAUCCAGUGAUCCAUCGCCGCCGGGAUCCGGUGAUCCAUCACCGCUGGGAUUUGGCUCUUGGGCAUGUGGCGCCGGUGGGAUCCGGUGAUCCAUCGCCGCCGGGAUCCGGUGAUCCAUCACCGCUGGGAUUUGGCUCUUGGGCAUGUGGCGCCGCCGGGAUCCGGUGAUCCAUCGCCGCCAGGAUCCGGUGAUCCAUCACCGCUGGGAUUUGGCUCUUGGGCACGCGGCGCCGGUGGGAUCCAGUGAUCCAUCGCCGCCGGGAUCCGGCUCACCAACACCAGGCUCCCGGCACCGGCUCUGCGGCAGCAGGCGUAGGUGUGUGGCAGGGCUGUGUGGGUCUGUCCCCCACCCCGCCCCCGUGUGUCCGUGUGUCCCUCUGGCCAUGUGUCCGUCCGUGUCCCUCAGCAUCUCCCCAUGUCCAUCUGUGUCCUUCUGUCUGUCCCCGUGUCUGUGUCCUGUCUGUGUCCCCACAUCUGUCCUUCCACGUCUGUCUGUGUCCCCAUGUCCAUCCGCGUCCCUUUAUGUCCCUCUGCGUGUCCCCAUGUCCGUCCGUGCCCCCACGUCUGUCCCCCUCUCCCUCCAUGUCCUUCCCCACCCCCACAUCCGUGUCCCUUUAUGUCCGUGUGUCCCCAGGUCCCUCCACAUCCCCACGUCCAUCCAUGUCCCUUUAUGCCCCUCUGUCCCUCCGCGUCCCCAUGUCCGUCCGUGUCCCCACAUCGUCCAUGUCCUCCCAUGUCCAUCCACGUCUCUUUAUGUCCCUCCCCGUCUACGUGUCCCUCCCCAUGUCUCCUUCCCGUGUCCCUCCCCGUCCACGCGUGUCUCUCCCCGUGUCCCCCCCCGUCCACGCGUGUCUCUCCCCGUGUCCCCCCCCGUCCACGCGUGUCUCUCCCCGUGUCCCCCCCCGUCCACGCGUGUCUCUCCCCGUGUCCCCCCCCGUCCACGCGUGUCUCUCCCCGUGUCCCUCCCCGUCCACGCGUGUCUCUCCCCGUGUCCCAGCGCGUGUCCCUCCCCGUGUCCCUCCCCAUCCACGUGUUCCCGCCUCCCUCCCAUCCCCUCCCCGCCCUCGCGUGUCGGGCCCUCCUCCACACCUCGCACACGCCUGCCACACGCCUCCCACACGCCUAAACACGCCAUGGCCCCCUCGGGGCUCCCGCAACGGGGCCCGCUGGCGCGGCUGGCUCGCGAAACGUCGUGCCCGGCCUGCGGGCAGCCGCUGCGGGACCCCGUCCUCUUCGCCUGCAACCACAGCUGCUGCCGCCGCUGCCUGCCCCCCGCCCGCCCCGGGGAGCCCCCCGCCGCCGUGCCCUGCCCCCGCUGCCGCCUGCCCUGCGCCCCCCGCCGCCUCCGCACCCCCGUGGCGCUGGCCGUCGAGAGCCGCAUCGCCCAGCGCCUGGCUCGGGGAAAGCCCGGGCUGCCCCGCCGCCCGCAGCGCUGCAGCCUGGGGGCCCAGCUGCGAGCCGACGCCGCCCCCCAACCCCCAAAAGACCCCCCCGGAAGUGGGGGGGAACCCCCCAAAAGCCCCCCCCAGCCCCCCCCUUCCUCCUCCUCGCUGCCCCCCACCCAAUAAAGGCCGGCUCCCCGCC